GAGCCGGGAGUCCUCCAAGUCCGUUAGCUUUGGCUUCUUUUGUGUGUACCCUUGACCCUAAUUGACACAAGUAACCAUAAAUCCCAGCCCUUCUCCGUCCUUUCCAUGGAGACGAAGCCGGAGCGGCACCACCGCCACGAGGAAGCCCGUGACGGGGAGGACGACGCAGUAGCCAUGGAACACGGCGCUCUCUCGCUGCAACGCGGCGGAGCCACCUUGUUUGGCUGGCGGCAGGACGAGGAGGCCGGCCGCCGCCGCCGAGUAGAGAUCCGGGAGGUGGACUUCUUCUCGAGGGACUCCAGAGCCCGCAGCCAUGACGACGCCGGCGACGGACGUGACGACGUCAACAUCGGGCUACACCUGCUAACCACGACAAGCCCCGACGAGGAAAUGACGGCGGCGGCGGCCAAGAAUCAAAAGAUAGAGGCCUCAUCAGCUGUUGAAGCAGAGCUCAGGCGGGUGGUGGAGGAUAACAGGCGGCUGCGUGGCAUGAUGAACGAGCUCACACGGAACUAUGGCGCGAUGUACCAGCAGCUUCUCCAGGUCACACAACACCACCCACAUCGACAGCAUCCCGUUGAUCUCAUGAUCAACAGAUCAUCAUUGGCUCAUACCCGCCUGACCACCGCGGCCUCGUACAACGACGACACGUCCGCUCAGCAGCUGUUGAGGGUUGAGGACGAGGCGGCUAGCGACGGAGCUGGAGAGGCGUCGCCUUCGCUGAGCAAUGGAGGAAACCAUAACGACGGCGGCGACGGCAAGCAGCGGAGGACGUCUUCGAAUGUGACAGCACCGCCGGCGAGAGAGAACGGCGGCGGCGAGCGGGCGGAGUUGCCAGCCCACAAGACAAGGGUGUCUGUGCGUGCGCGAUCUGAGGCACCAAUGAUCAGCGACGGGUGUCAAUGGAGAAAGUACGGGCAGAAGAUGGCCAAAGGUAACCCAUGCCCAAGAGCAUACUACCGGUGCACAAUGGCUGUGGCAUGCCCCGUGAGAAAGCAGGUGCAGCGGUGCGCCGAGGACAAGACAAUCCUGGUCACCACAUACGAGGGCCACCACAACCACCCGCUGCCGCCGGCAGCCGCCACCAUGGCGAGCACCACGUCCGCCGCGGCUACCAUGCUGCUCUCCGGCCCGGCCACCAGCCGCGACGGCGCGGCCGCGCUCCUCGGCCACCCGGCGGCGCUGUUCCAAUUCCACCACUCCAGCAGCAUCCCCUACGCGUCCACUAUGGCCACGCUCUCCGCCUCCGCGCCGUUCCCCACCAUCACCCUCGACCUCACGCAGACGCCCGGCGGCGUUGUCGGUAGCGGCGGCGGUCUGCUGCUGCCUCAUCACGGGCUCGGGCUCCAUCGCCCGCCCAGUGGAAUCCACCCCGUGGCGGCUCCGGCGAUGCCGUUAUCGCCGCUGGCCACGUUGCUCCAGCAGCUACCGCCCACGGGGUCGAUGUCGCUGGCUGGCCUCGUCGCGCGUCAUGAGCAGCAGCAGUCAGUGAUGGAGACGGUGACCGCGGCCAUCGCCGCCAACCCCAACUUCACCACGGCGCUUGCGGCGGCCAUCUCGUCGGUUAUGGCAGGGGCAGCGCAUCAGGCUCAGCCUACUCCACGUGCAGGUAACAUCGGCAGCGCCGGGGAGGCCAACGGCAGUGCGGGUGGUGCCGCAGCAGGUCCCACGGCAGCCGGAGCAUAUGGAGCGUCUGGCGGGUCGCCGCGGUUCGCGACGCAGUCUGCUUGCACCACGUCCACAACUUGAGCUAAUUGAUCUGUGCAGAGUUUGACUGUCAGAGAUCAUCCAUCUGCAGUUCUGCACUACAACUAUAUGUAAAAUUGAGUGUAUUAUACUAUUUAUUAUAAUAGCAUAUAUAAAUGAGAUAUACCAUACUUGCACUGUGUGUGUGUGUACAAAUGAAAAUUUGAAAUACGGAGUAUACAGUAAUUUCAGCUGAAUUAGGCGCGUAUACAAUAUUGUCUUUACCAAGGAAAGGAGUGUGCAGAGAUGAAUAAGAAAAGGAAUUAAUGG